UUAAGAAUGGGAAAAUAUUUGGUUUUUUUUCUUCUAGUCCUCUUUUCCUUUGAUUCUAUAGAUUCAUUGUUGCCUCCUUUCUUCAGAACUUUUCAUCUCCAAAUUGUAAAUCAGCUUCAGUUUAACAAGAAACUGAAAGUCCAAUGCGAGAGUAACACACAUGGUUUUCCAAUUACAUAUCUUAACAUAGGCGAGAGUUUUCAAUUCAAAUUUAUAAUUUUUCCAAAUGUUUUAUAUCGGUGUAACUUAUGGCAGGGACCAAACUAUAAACAUCAUGUGUUUUUUGAAGCUUUCUUUCCGAGCCUAAAUUGUAUAGAUGGUACAUAUAAUGGAAUGAACCCUAAUGUGUGUCUGUGGAUUGCAAAAGAACAAGGAGUAUAUGUCCGUCACACCAAAUUUCUAAGAGAGUAUUUCAGGUAUGGAUGGGAUAUUCCAACAAAACAAAGAGAGAUCGCUCCGGUCGGUGCACCUACAAGUGAAUCAGAAUUUGAUUCAUAACUUUAAUAAAAUUCUGAAAAACAAUUUCAAAAAUUAUGUACAAUCUUGGUAUUGUUGUAUCAUGCUGAAGAGA